AUGGCUGCACGAACCGCUCUCUUUGUAAUCGAUAUUCAAAACGAGCUAGCAGUGAAUGACGAUACUAGAAUUCCACAUGCAGAGAGAAUUAGAAAUUCAGGAGAGAAAAUUCUUCAAGCGGCUCGGACGGUCAUAGACUCAUAUCGGGAAAAGGCAGCAACGUCACCAUUCAUCAUCGUUUUUGUCCAGCACGAGGAUAGUUGUCUGGUAGUAGGGAGCAAGCCAUGGGAACUCGUGUUCAAGCCUCGCCCCAACGUCGAGCAGGAAAUUCUCAUAUCGAAAAAGACCUCCGAUACCUUUGAAUCCAAUCCAGAUCUGGCUCUACGGCUACGAACAUUAAAUAUUGAAAAAAUAGUCGCUUUCGGCCUCCAGAGCGAGUACUGUGUUGAGGCGACGUGCAAGGGCGCUUUGGAAGCCGGUUUCAAUGUCACAUUGCUUACUGGGGCGCAUUCAACCUAUGACACUAGCGAAAAAACAGCGUUAGACAUCGAGAAUGAGGUAGAGGAACGCCUACUCUCUCUCGGAGCCCAGAUUGCCAGCUGGGAAAAGCUGUCUUUUGCAUAA